GGCUAUGCGUUGUUCGGUAGCGAUGGCAGCAUGCAAAAGAGAUCGCGAGUCUAAGAAUAGGGGAGGGAGCAAACUGACAAUUUCGUGAAGUGUCAGUUUAGUUAACAGACCUGCGCUGGACUUCUACACUUCAACUGAAGAUGUCUCAGCUAGCAGUGCGGACUGCGGAAGACUGCGCCGUGGGCGUGCGCGCGGGCCGUUUGAAAUCGAUUGGAUUCGCUGCUCGAAGUUGUUAGAGGAGGGGGCAAGUUAGGGGGCGCGCGUGUCGACCGCGAGCGGUCCGUUUAGGGAUCGAUCUAGUCUUACUCCUUUUCCCCCAGUUGCUUGCACAACCUUCAUCGGAAUCUGGACUGGGGUAGAGGGCUUUCGAAUGGGUGUGCUGCGGCAUUAUCUGGUCUAAGCUGGGUGGAAGGAAAACUUCCCAUCGCGCACGCUGGACCUCUAACUCUAACGGCACUUCGAGAGUAUCUUGAGAUCCGGUCUCGAUCCAUGGCGUAGCCAAUAUGAAAGAGGGGAUGAUUGCUUCGUUGAUGCUUUGUGUUUUGCUUUUCUUGGCCCCAGCACUCAGAAAUCAAGGAACUGUCGCCGCUUCUGGGGAUGACAGAGUCAACAUCACCAAAAUUCUCAACGCAUUCUUUGACCAAGGCUAUGAUCGGCGGGUCAGGCCGAAUUACGGAGGUCCGCCGGUAAUAGUGAGUGUCACGAUGUUCAUCCUUAGCAUCAGUUCUGUAUCAGAAGUGCUAAUGGAUUUUACUCUUGAUUUCUACUUUCGUCAAGCUUGGACCGAUGACCGGCUUUCGUUUACCCCGAGGACGGGAUUCGAGAGCUUGACGGUAGGCGCCGAGGUCGCUGAUCGAAUUUGGGUCCCGGACACCUUUUUUGUAAACGAGAAGAGCGCCUAUUUCCACAAAGCUACUACACAAAAUACAUUCCUCCGUAUCUCCGCAGGUGGCGAGGUUUUUAGAAGUAUAAGAUUGACUGUAACUGCUGGAUGUCCUAUGGAUUUGCAGUACUUUCCGAUGGACAGACAAGUGUGUUUUCUCGAGAUUGAAAGUUUUGGAUAUACUAUGCGGGAUAUUCGCUAUAAAUGGGGAGACGGAGAGAAAUCUAUUGGUAUGUCGACCGAUGUCGAAUUACCCCAGUUCAAAGUUUUAGGGCAUCGUCAAGAUCAAAAAGAAGAACACCUCACGACAGGUAACUAUUCGAGAUUAGUGUGUGAGAUUCAGUUUGUGCGGAGCAUGGGCUACUAUCUAAUUCAAAUCUACAUCCCAGCUGGGUUGAUAGUCAUCAUUUCAUGGGUGUCUUUCUGGCUCCACAGAAACGCCACUCCUGCAAGAGUAGCCCUGGGGGUCACCACCGUGCUCACAAUGACCACCCUUAUGUCCAGUACCAACUCCGCCUUACCCAAAAUCUCGUAUGUCAAAAGUAUUGACGUUUAUUUAGGAACCUGCUUCGUUAUGGUGUUCGCUUCCUUGCUGGAAUAUGCAACGGUUGGUUACCUUGGGAAGAGGAUAAGUAUGCGAAAGGCGAGGAACCAGCAGAUGGCAAAGAUGGCUCAAGAGCACCGUCAGAGGUGUGUGGCAGCAGCCGCGGCUGCGGAGGGGCCCGAGAGGUGCCCCCCUCCGGAGGCGGUUCUCCUGCCGGGCAAUGCUGAGGUCACAAUGGUCAAGUCCGCAGUGCGAGGACAGCCGAUUGACCAUCGAACAAAGUUACCUGAAGCAAGAAUACCACUGAGACCCGCGACAGUGGAGGGUCUGAAUAAAGAACAAGCAGAUGUGGAAGCUGGAGCGCCAAAACUACCAGAGGGAUUAUUUGGCAUUCUUCCCAGCGACAUCGACAAGUAUUCACGACUGGUAUUCCCAGUGAUUUUCAUCUCCUUCAAUCUUACCUAUUGGAUUAUCUACUUGCACAUCAGUGACACUCUAGGCGAGGAUAACGUUGCGCUGUCUUAAGUUGUCGAUGCUCAUCUGAAGUAAUCCUUCGUUUGUAUGCAGAACGGUACAUCGAUUCAGUGUAGACAUAGUGGUAUUACUUGACUGCUGAUCAGAACUCCUACGCAAAGCCUAACAUUAAUCUAGUCGAAUAAAUUUCGCCAACAAUUCCGGAACUUUAAUCAUAUUAAUUUUAAUCACGUUAUGACUGUUCAUGAAAUUGCCCAUGAGUUUAAUAUGUGUUACAUAUACCGCCGGCGCCAUUUGGCAAUGACAAUAGCACUCAUCCAUCUAGAGUUUCUACUUUUAAGUGAUAUAAUGCAAAAUGCUGCAGAAAAUUGAGCUGUUAAUUGAAGCAGCUCGAUUAUUAUACCAUAGAUUUUCCAAAUUAAAUGUUACAGAUUUUAUUUAUUCUUGCUACAAAAAUUUUCCUCAGCAGAUAAUGGUCUUUUUGAUUUAAAACAGCUUUAAAAAUAUAGUAAUAUAUAUAAACAUAAAUGCCACCAAAAAUGUUUUCACACACAUGGCUAAUAGAAAUAUAAUUCUAAAAUCAUAAAAAUUAACUUUAACUUCGUGGAGACUUUAAACUAAAUUUUGAACAUCAAUAAAUUUAACUUCUAAAAAAUAUGCAUUUCAGACUAAAAGUAAUUAUUCAGUUGAAAAAUAAUUAAAAUUUUGCAUAUCGUAUUACAACUUAUAUUACAAUUAAACAAUAACAAUUGCUCGAGUAUCUGUUAGAGAAAUUCUUAGAAAAUGAAAUAGGGGCAAUAAAAUAUAUAGCAAUCUCCUAACUAAAGAGCAGUCUCCAUUUAAAGACACAAAUUUUUGCAACAGAUUGUGAUGCCCCGCUUUCUAAUCUAUUAACUUCUACAAUUAGUUUAUGAUGAGUGCACUAGAUUAGUAAAUGUUUAAAGUAACAAAUGUAUCCCACAAAUACUCGAAAAAUCAAUAGAAAAAUAACGAGCACCAAUCAAAGAGCGAUAAUGUUAUUGCACUUUAGACAGUGAAAUUGUGUACAUGGGCAAUGCGGUAGUUGUACUUGGAACUGCAUCUGCGCUAUGUUUCAUCCUCGCCCCUUAUCCAUCGUAAUAAUAACACAUACAGCUAUGCAAUACUUUUAUAAUAAAAUUUCCUUUCAUGGUCUGCAUGCCCAACUCACUUGAAGUAAGAAAAACAAUGUUUUAGUAAAUCGAAGCUGAUACACGUGCUUCCUAUAUGUGCUAGCUAUUGUGUAUAAGUUAAAUUAUCCAUCGUUGUAUUCAAAUAGAUACUGAUUACCGAAAAUCAAAAUAACUAGAUCGCUAAAUUAAGAAAAUCACAUCCUUUCUAUAUAUCAGAAGAAAACAUUCCCCAAAUGAUUUGAAUAGUUUAUCAAAAAAAGGCUCUUUAUAUACACAUGGCCCAAAUUCCAACAUCAGUUUGCUCCAUUUACCUAAAAUAUAUCCUCAAGAAUUUUCUUUCAUGUGUGUCAAUUAAAAACUACAAAGGAGAUGCAAAAUAAAAUGAUGCGUUCUUAUGUAAUACGUUUCAAGUAUUUUUGUUUUUGUUUCAAAAAUCUGUAACGCAUUCAUUAUUUUCUUUUCACGCAUAUCGGGGCACAAUUUCCAAGCUGCAUACAGAAACUUCAGAAACUCGAUAAAAUGCAACCUAUAAAUAAAUUAUUUUAGCAAUAUGACCUCUCAAGUAUUUAAGGCAAAGUAAAUAAGUUUUAAAAAAUAUUCAGAAUGUUCUAUACCUUCUAAAAUACAAAUAAUGGUUUAAAGUAAAUUUCUAAAUUUAUUUUAAUGCAUAAUCAGCAUAUUUUUCAAAAUAGCUACACGUAAGACAGCAAAUCAAUGAUUACGUAACCACGCGGAAUUGCCCUAGAAACAUAUAUUAAUGUCAAAUAUUAAUUAUUAAAAAUUCAUAAUUACAUUCUAAACGAAACGCGAAAUAUUCAUAAUUUCCUAUAAGAUAGACAGCUUGUAAUAGUAAACAAUAAUAUUUUUUUCAAUAAUCCAAAAAUCUUGGAAGCUAUGUAAUAUUAGAAAUGUAUUCUAAUGCAUUGGCUUCCUAAUAACUCUUUUCACACACUCGACUUCGUAACCAAUUUAAAAAUAAGCAAAAUAAGUAAAUGCGAUAUUAAUAAACAAAAUUAAAAUCUGCAAUAGAUUGGCAUAAUUUUAUUUUUGAUUAAUAAUGGUAAAUUAUCUAAAAGAAACGCGUCUGCGCAUACCGUAAAAUUAUGCAUUGUAAUAAAACGUACUAUCUAGACAAUUGUUUCGAAAGAUUAUUAUACAGAACUCCCAAAAAAAUAAGUUUAUCAAUAUACAAUUAACUUUCCAUCUAAAAUGCGUAAUAAACUACGUCACGCAAGGAUUUCUACGCUAAAAUUACGAAAUAUUUCCCACCGCAGACCAUAUUUGCAAUCAAUUAUUUUCCGUUCGGAAGUACAUUUUUACAGUACUGAGCUUCCUCGCAUUAAGCUGUUAGAACCUUAUAGGUAACAACUCUGAUGUAAAUUGAUAUUUUAAAAUAAUAUGAGCAUACAAUCUGUUCUUCAGCCAGCAAGAAUCUCCUGUUGUCUCCGCAAGAAUUUAAGUGAUCAAAUCCUUCAAACAGAAAAGCCCUCACUGUGUCAAGGAAGUAUAUAACAGAAUUUUUUUAUUUCUGCUUCGGUGAUAGACUUUUUUUUUUUUUUUUUUUUUUUUUUUUUUUUUUCAGAUGCCAAAUAAUGAUUUUGUUAAUAGAAAAGAAAAAACUGAAUGACAUCUUUGAAUCUCAAAAUUAAAUGCCAUUGAGCAGACACAAACUGAUCUGCAAUGAUAUUUAUUAUACAUUAAUAAUAGCAGUAAAACGAGCUUUAUCGAUCAAAAAUUAUAAUCCGUAGAAUUCAGAUGAUGCCUAUCAGACACCUGUAUAUGUUGCUCUUUACGUAAGAACUUACGCACUAUAUGCAAUAUAACAAGUUAGUAAAUGUAUUUUUUACCUAAUGUUUAACUCUUCUGAAUAAAGUAAAUAUUUUAUAUCGGAAAUGAAGAACGAAAAUUAGAACCCAUGCGACAAUGAAAUUUUGGGAUAUUUUCAAUAAUAUACUGAACUGGACCUUUAAAUUUUUAACUAGUCUGUACAUAGGCUUUCCCAUUUCAUUCCUUUACAUCUAUAGAUGGACUUUAAGAGAAAUAUAUUUUCACAAGAUCCAAAUUAUUUGUACAUACUAACAUAUUUGAAUAAGCACUUCAAAUAUGAAACUGAAAAGAAGACAUAUGCAAUAUUAACACACAAGAAGUCUUAACAGAGACUACACAAUUUUCCCAUUAUUUUCAUAAAAGUACUUAAAUACUGCAAAAGAAGAACAUACCACACUAGUAAUUCAGCCAUAAGCUAUACUUUACAUGUGCGCUGAAGGAUAAAGCAAUAUUUCACAAGUGAAGAUAUAAGCUAAUUCCCAAAUGCGCAGACAGUAUAAAUUUAUCUUACACGUAUAAGUUUCCUCUAUAUGCUAAUUUGCAUCUCCUUUAGAAAAGUAAAAGGAUAUACUUUAUUGGAAAAAUUUUUAAUUCAUCUCAGAAAGAAACUAACAAAACAAAUAUUAAUAAACUGAUCUAUGAUGCAUCUUUUAUAUUCAAGGCUGUGAAAUUUAAUGAAAUUCCAGUAAUCAGUCAGAUUUAGCUGGCAUUCACAAAUUUACCAUAGUUGUCAUUAAUGGUUAGCAUAGAUUUCAAAUGUAAAUGAUCAGAGCAUUCUUGAAUUAAAAUAUCGGACUAGCUUAGUUUCGAAUUAUAAGCAAACACUAAAGAAUAUCAUUCGUGUUUUCUUCAAUUAAUCUUGUGAUAUUUUAUUUCUCAUGUUUUAUCUAAUGUUUAUUCAAAUGUAAGAAAAGAAUAAUAAGUUAAAAAUUGCUUCUCUCUCUACCUUUCGGGAAAAGUAUCAGUUUUGGAAGACGAGCUUCCUGUACUUGCACAUCAAAUACUAAUCUCUCCUUUUUCCUUAAAUUUUACAAAACAAUUAUAAAAAAGAAACAAAAAUAAUUCAGAGGGUAUUUUUUUUCUGAAAUUUUUCUGAGACAUUGUCAACUGAAAAUAUAACUUUAUUCCUUUUUGUACCGUGCGACUUACCUUAAUUAUUAAUUAAUCUUGAUCUUAACUCUGUUAAAGUAGUAUACUUCUCAGUAUACAGUAAAAGUAGUAUACUUCUCAAAUAUUCUUUAAUAUUGUAUUAAACUUAAUUCUUACGCAUCUUCACAUGAAAACUUAAAAGGAUGAUAGCAAAAAUUCUCUAAGGAAAUUUCGACUUUCCUACAGUCACCUGAUUAAAUCAUAUAUCCUGUCUUAAUUUACCAUUUAAUAAUUUCUUUAUCUAAUUAUAAUACUCUGCAUCAAAGACUCAUUUUCGUCAGUAACAGAAGUUACUACAGAAUUAAGUUAAAAGAUUUUUGCUGCAUGCAUCAUGAAAAACAAAGAUGCUUGAAAAAACGAUUGCCCAGAAUAGAAUAAUGUGUUAUUGUAGCAUAAGCGGAAGUCAAACUAAAAGUGUUUAAGCAAUUAAUUUCCCAGCGUAGAAGGAAGUCGCAUUCUUCAGUUUUAAGAGCUGCUAUUAGCUCACCAUACUUAAUUUUGCGUAUUUACACGCUAUAUUUUAAAGAAUUUAAAGAGUCCUUACAAAAAUAUAAUACAUUCCAACUAUCCAAAGCUAUAAAAUACCAUAUUCGUUUUCUGUUCCAAAGCAAAUACAUUUGCAUUUUACUUUUAAUCCAUUAGGUGUCACAACACAAUUCUACAACGUUGAAAAUUAAUCCUUCAAGUUCUUAUUUGAAAGUGAAAAGAAAGUAAACUUAUUGUAGUCUUACAAAAAGUCUGAAGUUUCCUCUAAAACGUUUUUUCAAUUUAAACAAAUAUUUGUUUCAGUGUUAAUUACCUAUUUAUUUCUGAUAAGUUUUCUAAAUACGAUUUUUAAGUGAAAUAUUUCAGUAAGUGAGUUUGAAGUAAAUUAAUCAUCCCCAAUUUUUUAUUAGAAUCUGUUUUUUAAUUAUUUAACCUGAAAACCAUUGAAAAUAAAUCUAUGCAAUAAACGCAAAAUUUAUUUUACACGUAAUAAAAAUGUAUUUUAAUAAAAUAUUCUGUUAAUGAAAUUAUUUCCCCUCAGUAUACCGUGUUUUUAAAAUGAAGUUUCUUAAUCUAUAUUUCAAGUACAUAUAAAAGUAAUGUUUAGGUAAUAACAAAACUCUCGAAUAUAAUAAAGUUCAUUAAUCGAAUUUCACUUUUAGUAUAAUAACAUCAAAUUGUAUUUUCUCAAACGUAGCUUGUAAUAUUACAAAUCACAGAAUUCAGUACAUUUUCUUUUCAUUAAAAUCAAAUAAAAAAAAAUUAAAAAACCAUUUAAGAUAUUUAAAAAUACCAUACAAGAAAACAGAACGAUAUUCGUAAUUUAGCAUGCCAAAACGUCAUCCACCAACCCGCCCACACACAUACACACACCAAAAAUACGGUAUGUUUUAAAAUAUAAUCAUUUUCUUGCGAUUUUUGUAAUGCUAAUACUAGUAUGAUGUACGAUAAUGGAUAAGUGUUUAAAAAAGCAAAAGCGAUUAUUUAAGCUUAUUAUCCCUUCACAAGCACUAAAACAUUACCUUUUACACUUAGCAUUAUUGACUACAUAUUAAUGCAAUAAAUGCCUUUAUGAAUUUGUGAAAAGGUGACCUAUAAAUAUCUAUAUACAUAUGUGUACAUAAAUGCAAAUAUAUGUGAAGUUCAUUAGAACUGUAGGUUAUAUUAGUGAAACAAUUCACCACAGAAACGUCCAGUUUUUGCUCAAUUAAAAACAGGUUUAAGUGCAGUAGAACUUGACGUUUAACUUAAGUGUUAAACCAAAUAGAAAUAAUUUUUGAAUGUCAUUAAUUUCAAAAAUUCUUUCAAUCCAAAGAAUGGUAAGUUACAACCUUAAUUAUAAAUCAUGAAGUAAUAAGUUUAGUUUUUUAUACAAUGAAAAAUUUACUUUCAGUCUUAUAAUUUUCAUUAUAAAUCACGUAGAAAUAAAGUUUAGUUUUUUUACUCUGUGAAAAUUUACUUCCACUCUUACUCUAAAUAGCCUAUAUUGAUGCAGUAAAACCUAGUUUAAAAUAUCAUACAUCACCUAAUAUUGAGAAAUCCAAUCAAUGAAAAGACUGACUUCAGUUUCGCAUUCUGUUACGAGUGUGAACAAUAUUUAUACUUGAUAAUAAAGUGGGAAGUUUAAAUUAUCUGAUGAUAAUAUUUCUUUAUCAACUAGGUACUCAGCACUUAGACGUUAAAUGUGAUAUUUUUAGCCAUGUAUAUAAACAAAACAAAAAAGUAAAAGUUCAUUAAUUAUCCCAAAAAUGAUAAAAAAAAGUAAUUUGAUUUUUUUGCUUGGGGCAAACAAUUAAGUAUAUAAACAAAUGUUAAUAUAGAAUUUUAGAAUCUGAACACUAGAAGUUGAACUGCAGUCCGAUUGUUUAAAAUGGCAGAAAAUUCUUACGACUAUCAGCAUUCAUUUUCUGUUGAAAGGAUUGGCAGACUCGAAUAAAUUCCAGCAGAACUAAACAAAAAUACGAUUUUUUUUUAAACUCAAGUGGCUAAUCUCAAUACAUUUUAUGACCUAAAACAGGUUUUUAAAUCCUUUCUUAGAAAGCAGUUCAUUUCAGAUAUAAGCAAAAGUGAUGUUAAUAUUAAAUGUAUACCAGUUACCGUUUUCGCAAAUAUGAAUAAAACUGGUAUUAUUUGACAAAAGGUAUAGCAUAGCUAUAAAUUUAGUUAAUAUUGAAGCAGAAUAUGAAAACUUUUAAGACAAUAACUAGCGGCAUAAAAACUUUUAAGAGAAAUAACUGGUGAAUGUCAAAUAUGUGAAUAAUAGAUUAGUAAUGAAUUUAAUUUCAUAAUUAAUGAAAAUAAAUUUGUAUAUUCGCGAUAGCUUACAAAUAAUAGGCCCAGUUAUAUUAUAUGGGACACUGAACACACAAAAAAAUAGAUAAUGUUCAGAAGAACAACUAAGUGCCAAAAGAUUUCCUUGCCAAAAAAUAUAUAAAUAUAUAUUUAAAUUAAAUGCAUCGUCCUUUUAUCCCCCAUUUUUUUUUAGUUAGUUAGACUAAAUAAGCAGUACUUAUAUUUUUAUCUUUUAUAAAUGAUUUAAUUUGUUUCCAUGUUAAAUAAAGUUUUAAUCUCUUUCCCAAUUUGUUACUUAAGCUUCAAAUCUGUAACCUAACAAAUUUAAAGGAAAAUUUGAAUUUAUGUAAUAACUUUCUGACAUUGAUUGUUAUAGUAUUUUCAGUUUCAUGUGGUUUUUGUUAAGAUCCUUCUUUUUUAUUUUAUUUUUUUAAUAUGUGAAUAAAGUAAUUUGGUAACUGA